GGAGCGCGGGGUUGUUGACUCUGACGCCGGCGACGGACUCCAGCAUGCCUAGGCGCUCCAGCGACCACCGCAGCGGCAGCGAAGCUAGCGUGGCGUUGGUGACGAGGUAGGUCGGCCAGGUGAGCCUGACGCAGUUGAACCCCAUCGCUGCCACGCGCGCUGCGAUGUCCGACACGGGGCGCCGCGCCAGGCCCUCCGCGGCUGCGGGCUCCAGGUGCGAAGCCCAGUUCGCGCACGCCAGCUUCACGCGCCGCCCAUCCACACCUACAAUCCACCGCGACGCCGUCGAGAGCGGCAGCGCCAGGAGCGAGGCCGCUGCCGUGAGCGCGGGUAGGAGGAGAAGGGCGAGGAGGAGUGGAGAGGUGGAGGCCGCCAUGGUGAUUAGUUGUUGUGCGGAGACGCCGGAGACUAGAGGCGGAUCCGGAAUUUAAAUGGAGGACAGGUAUCUCUAUCGUGUGGGCCCAGAUAUCAGUGUCUCACGCAGAGGCAGAGACCACUUGGAUAAUAAUAACCAACGAUAAGCAGUUAAACCCAAGCAAGGCAUCUCGAAUGGCCACCGCCGUCCCCACGGCGGCUCUCCCCACACCGGGCCGCGCCGGGCCGGCGCCGCCACGUGCUCCACUCCGCGCAGAUCCUAGCUACUUGCCACAGCUCCACGCGGCACUAAUCAAGUCCGGAGAGCUCACCGGGUCGGCCAAAUCCUUCCACUCCCUCCUCGAGGCGGCCGCGGCCUCUCCGACGCUGCUCCCCUACGCGGUCAGCCUGUUCCGCUUGGGCCCGCGGCCGCCCCUUUCGACGCCGUGCUACAACGUCCUUAUGCGAGCUUUCCUUCACGCGGGCCACCCGGAGGACGCCCUGCACCUGUUCAUCGAAAUGCUCCACGCGGCUUCGGCCUGCCCCGCUGAUCAGCACACCGCCGCCUGUGCCCUCAAGUCGUGCUCCAGGAUGUGCGCCCUGGACGUAGGGCGCGGCGUCCAGGCGUACGCCGUCAAGCGUGGGCUCGUGGCCGAUCGGUUCGUUCUGAGCAGCUUGAUUCAUAUGUACGCGAGCUGUGGCGACGUUGCGGCGGCACGGCUUGUGUUCGACGCGGCGGAGGAGAGUGGCGUGGUGAUGUGGAACGCGAUCGUCGCGGCGUACUUGAAGAACGGAGAUUGGAUGGAGGUGGUGGAGAUGUUUAAGGGCAUGCUUGAGGUUGGUGUGGCCUUUGAUGAGGUCACAUUGGUGAGUGUGGUCACGGCAUGCGGAAGGAUAGGUGACGCGAAGCUUGGCAAGUGGGUUGCUGGACAUGUGGACGAGGAGGGGCUGGCGAGGAACCCGAAAUUGGUGACCGCACUGAUGGACAUGUAUGCCAAGUGCGGAGAGAUUGGUAAGGCACGGAGGCUGUUCGAUGGGAUGCAGUCCAGGGAUGUGGUUGCUUGGAGCGCAAUGAUCUCAGGCUACACGCAGGCAGAUCAAUGCCGAGAGGCGCUCGGUCUUUUCAGUGAGAUGCAGCUUGCAAGAGUUGAGCCGAACGAUGUGACCAUGGUAAGCGUGCUCUCUGCCUGUGCUGUCCUGGGUGCACUUGAGACAGGGAAGUGGGUGCAUUCCUACGUAAGAAGGAAGCGCCUAUCUCUGACAACUAUUCUCGGCACUGCACUGGUGGACUUCUACGCGAAGUGUGGAUGCAUUGACGAUGCGGUUGAAGCGUUUGAGUCAAUGCCUGUGAAGAACUCGUGGACGUGGACAGCCUUGAUAAAGGGCAUGGCAACCAAUGGGAGGGGCAGGGAAGCGUUGGAACUCUUCUCGUCAAUGCGCGAGGCCGGGAUCGAGCCCACAGACGUGACAUUCAUUGGUGUCCUCAUGGCUUGCAGCCACAGCUGCCUGGUUGAAGAGGGCCGCCGGCAUUUUGAUAGCAUGGCUCGGGACUAUGGCAUUAAGCCAAGGGUUGAGCACUAUGGAUGUAUGGUGGAUCUGUUGGGGCGGGCCGGUUUGGUAGAUGAGGCGUACCAGUUUAUCAGGACCAUGCCCAUCGAGCCAAACGCUGUUAUCUGGAGGGCGCUACUGUCUUCCUGCGCAGUUCACAGAAAUGUUGGGAUCGGGGAAGAAGCACUGAAGCAGAUCAUCUCCUUGAACCCCAGUCACAGUGGUGAUUACGUGCUCCUGUCAAACAUAUAUGCAUCGGCGGGACAGUGGAAGGACGCAGCGAUGGUUCGAAAGGAAAUGAAGGAUAGAGGGAUCGAGAAAACUCCAGGCUGCAGCCUCAUUGAGCUGGACGGGGUUGUCUUCGAGUUCUUUGCCGAAGACAGCGACCACCCCGAGUUGAGGGAGAUAUACCAGAAAGUCGAGGAGAUGAUUGGCAGGAUCAAGGUGGCUGGGUAUGUCCCAAACACAGCUGAUGUGAGGCUAGAGGUUGAAGAGCGUGAGAAGGAAGUAUCCGUUUCCCAUCACAGCGAGAAGCUGGCCAUUGCGUUUGGCCUCAUGAAGCUGGACCCUGGUGCAACAAUUCGCUUGUCGAAGAAUCUAAGGGUCUGCGCAGACUGCCACUCGGCCACAAAGUUGAUUUCGAAGGUGUACGAUAGGGAGAUUGUUGUUCGAGACCGGAAUAUAUUUCAUCAUUUUAAGGAUGGUACUUGCUCCUGCAAUGAUUACUGGUGAUACCAGUUUCCUGUAUUUUUUGCUAAGGUCCAGUCUCUUUAUUUCUGUUUUUUUUUAAUUCAGCUGCGGCUUCAUCAGGUUUUAGCUACAGUAGAAAGCAGUUUUCUGUCUGCAGAUACUGCUCCAGCUGUAGCGAGUGCAACCGAUGUUUUGGAACAGAAGUACAUAAAAAUCGGCAAUCUAAAAUAUUCCUACCUAAUA